AUGUCCGACCCCUACAACCAGUACGGUCAGCAGUACCCUCAGGGCCAGUACGGCGCGCCGCAACAGGGCUACGGAGCGCCCCAAGGCUAUCCGCCGCAGUCCUCGAGCCCCCAUCAGCAGCAGAACGCCUACGGAGCCCCUCAGCAACAAUGGGGCCAGCCCGGCCAAGAUCCCCAGCAGUAUAACCAGCAGGCCUAUCAGCAGAACCAGGCCUACGGCGCAUAUGGCCCGCCAGCACACGGUGGCUUCCAGAAUGGCCAGCAGGCGCCCGACCAGUAUGGCCAGCAGCAACAGCAAUAUGGUUACCAAGAUCCGAACCGCACCUACGAUCAACAGACUCCCUCUCAACAGUUCCCCCAACAGGGCGCCUACAACUCCAAUCCGUAUCCGGCUGACCCCAACGCGCCGCAGCACGCGUACGGACAGCCCGGCCAGUACGGUACCACCGACCCGGCGCAGGCCGGCGAGGGUGAUCGCGGCCUGAUGGGCGCCCUUGCUGGCGGUGCCGCUGGCGCUUAUGGUGGCAGCAGGUUUGGCGGACACAGCAUCAUCGGUGGCAUCAUUGGCGCUAUCGGUGGUAGCAAGCUUGAGGAUAAGUUCAAGGAGGGUCGCCACAAUAACAACAACAACAACUACGGAGGCGGAGGAAAGUGGUGA